UCUACAACUAUACCUUUUCAACUCCAAAUUGGGACUAAUCACAUUUAAAUUGGGAAUAAACACAUUCAAAAUGAGAAUAAACAACUUCAAAAUGGUUAACACAAUCAAAUUGGGAAUAAACACAUUCAAAUUGGGACUAAACAAUUUCAAAUUGAGAAAUGACAUUUAUAUUUAAAUUUGAUACUUCAAAGGAAUUGUCAAAUAAUAUAGGUACCGGUCAGAUAAUUUAUAAGUGCUCUAUAUAUAUAUACAUAAUAUCAAUAUGCCAAGUUAUAUCAAACAAACAGAAGCAGCGAAUAUCAAAAAGCAGAUUUGUGCAGUUUAUAAUAAUAAUGGAGAUUGGAGAGAAUUGGCCAAUAAUAUUGGAGUGAAGCGUUCGACGGCUUACCGCUGGUUGAAAAAUCAGGAUAGAAUACCCAUGCAACGUGGAGGAAAAAGGAGAACAAAAAUUACAGAAGAACAUCGCGAAUUUAUAGUGCAAUAUGUGGAGGAAAAUAAUAAAAUCACGCUGAAAGAACUCAGACAAAAGUUUCUAACAGAUCACCAAAUUAUUGUAUCGUCUGAGUGUUUGCGGAAACAUUUGGAUGGAUUGCUGUACACUUUGAAAGAUGUACGCAGAGAACCUGAAAGAUUGAAUAGUGGUGAAACAAAACUACGAAGAAAAGAAUAUGUACAACAGCUUCUAAAUUAUCAAUCAGAAAAUAUACCAGUAACAUAUCUUGAUGAAACAAAUUUUAAUUUGUUUAUAUCACGACGGCAAGGGCGAUCUAAGAAAGGGACCAGAUGUCGAUACAUUUCAGCAGGCAGUCGUGGGGCUAAUGUUCAUGUCAUUGGAUGUAUAGGAAACAUGGGAUUGAUACAUCAUGAAAUAAGAAGGGGUGCAUUCAGAAGGGAAGAAGCAAAAGAAUUCGUGCGAAACUGCUUACGAGCUGCUUAUAAUAUUCAUCAAACUCGUGUUGUAUUAGUAGUUGAUAAUGCUCCUUGCCAUGCAGGCUUAGAAGAGGUCUUCCAGGAACCAGAAUUUCAAGACCAUCUUCUUCUCAGGCUCAGUCCUUAUAGUCCAAUGCUAAACCCUAUAGAAUUUGCAUGGUCAAGUUUCAAAGCUGCAGUUAAAAGAGCAAUGUCUCUAAGGUUGCAACAGAUUUUGGCUGGCGAAGAAAGGACAAAUCUUCCUCAAAACCAGUAUCGCUUGAGUGAAUUGGAAAUUAUUUUGCGUGAUAAUAUAAACAUAAUAAAUAUCAAUAACUGUGCGAGAUAUGUAGCGCACAUACAGAGAUAUUUUCCGGAUGUUUUGAACUUAGUCGAUAUGGUUGUGUAAUUUUUUUAUUAUAAAAUAUAUGUAUAUAAGAAAAAAUUUUCGGUACUGAUUUCCAUAUUUUUCGAAAAAUUUUUUCAUAUUAUUAGCGUAAGAUUAAGUUAAUUAUGUUAA